AGAAAGAAAUGAAUUCUGGUAUUAUGGAGGCAGAUGAACUUACCUCCCCAAGUAUGGAUAUGGAUUAUCGUUAUCAAGAGAGUUAAACGAGUAAUUGCAUCUGUUGAAAAACACUCAAAAUGUCUGAAAGAAGCAAUGAAGAUAAAUUGCAUAAUAAAGAAGGAAAAGAGGAUUCCGAAACAACUCAAAUCCAGGAUCCACAUAAAAAAUCAGAUGAAAAAAAAACAAGAGAAGUCUUGUGAAAUGAAAAAUGAAUCUAGAAAUGGAGACGAAGUAGAUCGCCUGGCAAAUGACACGAAUCCAUCUAGAAAUCCAUUUUCAGAUAGCCAGAAAUUCGUUCGACAGCUAUUGGACGCCUCGCUAUUGGCUGCCAAUGUAUCACAGCUGAGAGUUGUAAUAGGAGGAAGCUCUGAAAAUAAUUACUUUUGGCCCUUGAUUAUUAUGAUUUCUUUAGCGAUUUUCUGUCACCUUGCGUUUGGAAUUCUGAUGAUUCAAAGAUGGAGGAGUGAGAGAGAAGCGAGGAAAAUUCAUGCCAAUAAAGAUGAUAAAAAAGAUCGUAACAGAUACGAACUAAGACAACUGAUUAACUUGUUAAGCUCCAGCCGUGUGAGUUAUCAGUCGUCAGGACCUCAGGUGCUUGUGGACUGGAAACCCCCAUCCCCCCACCCCCCUCCCCCCAACAAAUAUACACUGAGGGUCCAAUGA